GCCAGGGGCAUCCAUAUUCCCCAUUCAACAGGGAGCCGAGGAGCUACAAGGAGUUCCCCAACCCCUUACUAGAAAAAACAAGUCUUUCUUACAUGGGGAAGAGCGUCUUUAAAAUCAGUGCUGAAUGCCAACAUGGCCGGGUUCGGGUGUAACGGGUCGAGUACCCGUCGAGCAGACGGCGUCCAUUCGUUGCGUCACCCAGGCUGGCUGCAGGGUGCACUCGGUGUGAGUGCCACCUGGGACAUGAGAGGAUGCGAGCUUAGGGCUAAGGGGACGCACCUGCAUGCGAAGUUGGAAGAUCACGAGCAGCGCCUGAGGAGAUUCGAGAUCUGCUGGGAGUAUUUGCAUGUUGGGAAAAACUCUUUAACUUUUGAGCUCCUCGAGAAGCAGACCCUCUCAGCGCCGAAGGUGCUUGGGAAGGGCUUCCUGCUCUUUUCGCAGCUCCCAAGAGAAGUCUUUCCACAAAUGAUCUCCCGACAGGCGGUGCUGCAGGAUGUGGGCCUUUACUGGGGACCCCAACAGGACGCUGAUGGGCAUCAUUCAGGUGAUCCUCCAGUUCCAAUCGGCGGAUCAUCAGGCUUUCAAUCAUUUGUGAGCUGCACAUGUCGUCGCGAAUCUGCGCCGUGCCAGAUUCAUCCGACACGACUCCAAACGGGUCGAAUCUUCCUUUGAUUUCGGAGCUGAGCCAAUGGAACCGG